AUUCAGCCGCGCCACCCGGAAGCCAUGGUUCUUACCAACCUUCCUUAUUGCCGGCGGCUCUAAGGAGCCCAUCAUGGCGACGCCCCCUAAGCGGCGGGCCCUGGACGCCACGGGGGAGAAAGUGCUGCGCUAUGAAGCCUUCAUCUCUGAUGUGCUGCAGCGGGACCUGCAAAAGGUACUGGAUCAUCGUGACAAGGUAUAUGAGCAGCUGUCCAAAUACCUUCAACUGAGAAAUGUCAUUGAGCGUCUCCAGGAAGCUAAACACUCGGAGUUAUAUAUGCAGGUGGAUUUGGGCUGUAAUUUCUUCGUUGACACAGUUGUCUCAGACACCUCACGGAUCUAUGUGGCCCUUGGAUAUGGUUUUUUCCUGGAGUUGACACUGGCAGAAGCUCUCAAGUUCAUUGAUCGUAAGAGCAAUCUCCUGACAGAGGGCUUAGAGAACUGCAAGGCCUGCAGAAUAUCCCGGAGGAGACUCAUCAUUGACUUCUUCCCCCCUCUCCGGACAUUAAAGAGCCUGAAUGCCUUUUUGAGUCACACGGUCCUUCAUUUUCCCCCUAACCCCUACUGUUUGCUAAGGUGUCCUGUGUCUAAAGCACAAAGUUACUAGGAGGCCCAGAGAUCC